UGAUAACCCUAUAAAUACCCGAUCGCUCCUGUUUCCUCCCCUCUCUUAUCGUGUUCUAGGGUUUUGUUGUUCUCCGCCGCCUCUCGUCGACCUCAGCGGAAGCAACAAUGCCGUCCCACAAGACCUUCCGGAUCAAGAAGAAGCUCGCGAAGAAGAUGCGUCAGAAUCGCCCCAUCCCCCACUGGAUCCGCAUGCGCACCGAUAACACCAUCAGGUACAACGCUAAGCGUAGGCACUGGCGCCGCACGAAGCUAGGGUUUUGAGGAUGCGGCGUUUACGAGGUUACUUGCUUUAGCCCUCUUGUAGGGAUUAUUUUGAUGAUUUAUGUAAUCGCGAAUUUCUUAGUAUUUUGAUGCUCCUUUUAUAUGGACAUUUGAAGAAAGGAGCAACUUUUCUCAUGAAUUAGGAUUGGAUUUUGCAGCUUUGAGAUUGACCAGUACAAUUGUUAUUUAGUUCUAAAUAUCUUAUUGAACUUUGAUUUCGUGGAUCA